AGAAAACCGAACACAACCAAAGACAAGGAAGUGACAUCGUGGGAGGAGCUACGAUCCUCUGGCCCCUCCCCCCUUUCUGAGGAGGGUUCUCUGGAAUCACUGGGCAGUCAGACGGGGAAAGCAGUGAGAGGCACAGAAGGAGGAUGGGAGGAGCCAGCUCCAGUGAUCAGAUGGCUCCAUCUCCAAACACCUUCUCCUUCACUCGGGAAGAGCUCAACAAACUGAAGUCUGAUGGUGAAACUUCGUGGGUAGUAAAGGUUACACCAUUACACACAAAGUUAGAUGAUCUGGAUUCUACAGAGCUGAACAUUGCAGUGACAGGAGAAACAGGCUCUGGGAAAUCCACCUUCAUCAAUGCAAUGAGGAGCCUGCAGAGUGAUGAUGAGGGAGCAGCUGAAACUGGGAACAUUGAAACCACAAUGGAGCCUACUGGGUACAAAGAUCUCAAAAUGCCAAAUGUCCGUUUCUGGGAUCUGCCAGGAAUUGGAACAACGAAAUUCCCAGCAGAUAAAUACCUGAGGGAAAUGAACUUUAAUAGCUAUGAUUUCUUCAUCAUUAUCUCACACUGCCGGUUCAAAGAAAAUGAUGCAAAACUUGCCAAAGAAAUUACACGGCUUGGGAAGAAAUUCUACUUUGUGCGAUCUAAAAUUGAUAAUGAUCUCAAAUCAAUGGGAAAUCAUUGCAGGAUAUUUAAUGAAAAGGAGGAACUAGCAAAGAUCAGGAAUGACUGUAUCAAAAAUUUACAACUUGCAGGCAUCCCAUCACCCAAUGUUUUCCUGAUAUCAAACUUUGAUCAGAACCUGUAUGAUUUUAAACUGUUACAAAGUAACAUUAUAACAUAAUUUAUCCCUUGGA